ACCUUGGGAAUUUAUUAUUGGCCAAAACUCUAAAUCAUUUUUGAAUCUGAAACGUUGCUGGUUGAAUGUAAAGUUUAAAAUUACAUUGGGCGACGGAAGUGGCGCUCCACCACCAGCAAACUUGGAUUAUGCACCAUGUCAGCAGUUUGCUUCUAGUCUUGUCAACUCGUUUAAGCUGAAAAUUGGUGAUGUCUGUGUUUACGAUAGCCAAGUCAAUCACGCUUAUAAGACAUAUAUUGAAAACACGUUAAUGUAUAGCCACGAUGUUAAAAAGAAUCGUCUCGGUAUCAUGGGUUAUUUUGCUGAAAACCAAGUUGAUUCGUCCAAGACUGAGGGCUUCAAGUUGCGUCACGCACUAGUCCAAGAUGGUGAAGUUUGUGAACUGGCGGCACCCAUAAGUAUUGAUCUGUUCAAUCAAGAACGCCUAUUUGUAAAUUUUGCUAAAAUGGAAUUGGUUGCUUUCCCCAAUAAAGAUGCCUUCCUCAUUGACUGCUAUGGAUGGAAAACUGGAACAAUUGAUGAAAAAACCCCGUUACCUUCAUUGAAGCUGCAGAUUGUAGAUGUACACUUGCUGGUACAAGAAUAUGAUUUGAAUUCGGGACUAUGUAUGGCUAUUGAAAAGAAGCUGUCAACUGAUCGAAUUCACUACCCAAUGACAGCUGUUCGAAUGAGAUCUUACUAUAUUGAAGGUGGCAGGAUGGAUUCACCAAAUAACAUUUUGUUCA